GUAGGAAAAAACAAAUCAAAGGUAAUCAUUAUAUAUAUGUUUCUUCCUCCUCCUCCUCCCCCACCCUACCUCCAGUCUUCUCCAAUGUACUGUGUUCCAAAGGUGAUGCUCUAGAAAAAUCAAGUUUAUGAAGCAGGAAGUCAUUAUGUGACUAACAUAUUUUCAUCAGAUUUCCUCUGAUUUGCCCUGAAGUGCAUGUGAGAAUGAUGUGCACUGCCAAGAAAUGUGGAAUUAGGUUCCAGCCUCCAGCUAUUAUUUUAAUCUAUGAGAAUGAAAUGAAGGGAAAACAUCGCCAACGCAUCAUGCCAGUCCGAAACUUUUCAAAGUUUUCAGAUUGCAGCAGAGCUGCUGAACAAUUAAAGAAUAAUCCGCGACACAAGAGUUACCUGGAACAAGUGUCCCUGAGGCAGCUAGAGAAGUUAUUCAGUUUUUUACGAGGUUACUUGUUGGGGCAGAGUUUGGCAGAAACAAUGGAACAAAUUCAACGGGAAACAACAAUUGAUCCUGAGGAAGACCUGAACAAACUAGAUGAUAAGGAGCUUGCUAAGAGAAAGAGCAUCAUGGAUGAACUUUUUGAGAAGAAUCAGAAGAAGAAGGAUGAUCCAGAUUUCAUUUAUGACAUUGAAGUUGAAUUCCCACAGGAUGAACAGUUGCAGUCUUGCGGCUGGGACACAGAGUCAGCUGACGAGUUCUGAUACCAAAAACUCAAAAGAAUUAAUUGAGCUAGCAGAAACUGCAUGUUUAUACAAAGGAUGUAUAAACAUGGUUCUAGAAAAAUCUGUAAAGAACACUAAGUGUACAUGUUGGGUCAAGUUUGGAUUGACCAUGUCACUUUUCAAAACCAGGACAUGUAUCUACUGUGUAGAUUCAUGAGGAAUAUAUAAAAACCAGAAUAUAGGAAUCUGCCUUUAAGGAGCUCACAAUCUAAUUGGAAGAUAACUCAGAAACUUGUGAAAAACUAAUUAACAGAAUUAGGCAACAAAAAGAUUAGAGUCAGAUGCUUGGUAAAAGUUAAAGGGGGUCAGAGCCUAGAUGAUGUUAGGGUUAGAAUAGUCAGGGAAGACUGAGUCCUUUAGUAGAGAGAUGGGACUUUGCCUGGUCCUCGAAAUGGUAGUGUUUGGAUAGAAGUUUAUAAAAUUCCAGAUGAGAGAAGCUGGGAGAAAAAGGGGGCUUUGGGGAGGGUAGUGGUAAAGAGAUAGGGACUAGAACAUUUUAUUUGAGGAACAGUAAGCAAAUUAUAGUUUGGUAAGAUUGGAGGGUAUUUAUUGUUACCAGGGAAUUACCCUGUGUGCAUUAUGUUUUUAUAUGUAUUGGACUCUGGAGUAGGAGACCAGCCCUGCAGAAUGCCCUGCUGCUGCAAGGGGGUGUCAUC